AUGUCACAGAAGGUCGUUUUUUCAGUAUUCACAGCUCUAGUCCUCCUCUCAUGCCCUAAAGCUUCCACAUCCAUCCCCACCUUCCAUCCAAAACACGACAAUGUCACUGAUCGACAAUCACUUCUCUCCUUCAAAUCCAUGAUAUCAGGCGAUCCUAGAGGAUCACUGGCCUCGUGGAAUGACUCUGUUCAUUUCUGCCAAUGGCAAGGCAUCUCUUGUGGUGGCUUCCGGCAUCCUCAAAGGGUUGUAUCCUUGAACUUGAGCUCCCUCGAUCUGGUUGGAGUUAUUUCGACGGCUAUAGCUAACCUCACAUUUCUUAGGGAGAUUGAUCUGUCUGACAAUCAAAUUAAUGGAUCCAUCCCACAAGAGUUUGGUCGCCUUUCCAGGUUGACACAUCUCAACUUGAGUUCGAAUUCUCUUGAAGGAAGUAUUCCUGCUUCACUCUCUCACUGUUCAAAAUUAGAGGUACUUUCUCUGUGGGAUAACAAGCUCAGAGGUGAAAGCCUAGCCAGUCUCAGCAAUUGUUCUAGACUUCAAUUCCUGUUUUUGAACAACAACAGCUUUAGUGGCAGCACCCUAUCUAGCAUAGCUAACCUCACCUCUCUAACUAUACUUUACUUGCACAAUAACGAACUCACUGGUAGCAUCCCACCGAGCAUAGGUAAUCUCUUUUCUCUUUCUAGCCUUUCACUUUAUGGUAACCAAUUAUCAGGAAGCAUACCACAUUCAAUCGGCAGGCUUUCUAAAUUAGAAGACCUUUACUUGCCCUUUAACAACCUCUCCGGGGUCAUACCACCUUCAUUGUGGAAUCUCUCUUCUCUUUCUUCUCUAGACUUGUCAGUCAACUAUCACCUAUCUGGGUCACUUCCACCAAACAUAGGCCAAGCCCUUCCUCUGCUUGUAGGUAUUUCCCUGGCCUUUAACCAAUUCCACGGACCUAUCCCAAUGUCAUUAUCCAACGCAUCUCAU